AUGGACAGAAGGUGGAUACAGAACCCGAACAGAUGCGCAGACGAAUACUUGGAUGGAAUCGAGGAUUUUAUUGAGUUUGCACGUAGACACAACCCGGGUGCAACUAGAAUCUGUUGUCCUUGUAGGAGAUGCAACAACACGUUGUGGGAGACAAUUGAAAAUGUUGGAUUUCAUUUAGUAAGGAAUGAAAUGAUUGAGACAUAUAGCAUUUGGAACCUUCACGGGGAACAAUUAGAGCAUGCUUCGUCUUCAAAUGCCACAAGAGUGGACAAUGUUCAACCUAUUGUGGAUGCUAAUGAUCAAGUCAUGGAUAUUAUACAUGAUGUUUUUCCAUUUGCAUCGACCAACAUGAAUCAAGAAGAGCAAGAUGAUGUGCCUACACCAAUAGACAGUGCGGAGGUGCGAGAGCUUUUCCGUUCUCACGGCCAUUAUGGAGCUAAUGCACGGAAAAAUAAAGUAUCGUAUGCGAACCUGUGUUUCGAUUACUUUUUGGGGGUUUUCAAGAGAAUGCUUCCGACGGACAAUUGUUUGCCGAAAGACCAUAAACAGGCGCAGAAGGUGUUGAAUGGUCUUGGAUUGGGUUAUGAAAAAAUCCAUGCUUGCAAAAACAAUUGCAUGUUAUUCUACAAAGAGCAUGAAUCGUUGGAUACAUGUCCUAUAUGCAAUGAGUCGAGGUUCAAGAUGACAUCUCAGAAUAGGACGACUAAGAUCCCACAAAAAGUCAUGCGUUAUUUGCCCCUAAAACCUAGGUUGCAGCGAUUGUAUAUGUCGACGCAUACUGCCACAGACAUGAGAUGA